AUGGUAUCAUUACGGCCACCCUAUUCCAAUGCUACAAAGCGCGAGUUUCUCAGAUUAACCUCCUCCAGCGCCGACGGAACAGAAAAACAAACAAACAGUAGAAAAAAAAGAAAACAGUACAAGACAUUAUUGUUGCACCUGGAGAGGUCUGCUUCCCAUUUUUAUCUUCACAAGAGAAAGAAACAAAAAAGCUACAACUCUUGA